AUGGGGCAGGACUCGGGGGACGAGCAGCAGCAGCUGCAGCAGGAAGAGCAGCAGGACGAGCAGCAGCAGCAGCAGCAGCAGCAGCAGCAGGAAGAGACAGAAGGCGAAGGGGACAGCAGCGCAGCAGAAUCCGAGGAAGAAGAUGCUGACGGCAGCAGCAGCAAGAGCAGCAGCAGGAGCAGCAGCAGGAGCGGCAGCAGGAGCAGCAGCAGGAGCAGCAGCAGGAGCAGCAGCAAGCGCAGCAGCAAGGCUCAGGAAACAGACGAGGAAGAAGGCAGCAGCAGCAGCAGCAGCAGCAACUGCAGCAGCAGCAAAGAAGAGAGUGAUGGAGAGGAAGCAACAGACAGCGGCAGCGAGCAGCAAGAAUCAGAAAGCUGCGAUGAAGAAGAACCUGCUGCUGCUGCUGCUGCUGCUGCUGCUGCUGCUGAGGCAGAAGAGCAGCAGGAGGAGUCAGAAGCAGCAGAAGAAACAGAGGGAGAUAUGAAGGAGGAUGCACCAGCAGCAGCAGCAGCAGCAGCAGCAGCAGCAGCAGCGACAGAGGCAACUCCAGGAGCAGCAGCAGAAGCAGCAGCAGCAGAAGCAGAAGGAGAAGCAGAUGCAGCAGCAGCAGAAGCAGAAGGAGAAGCAGAGGCAGCAGCAGCAGAAGCAGAAGGAGAAGCAGAGGCAGCAGCAGCAGAAGCAGAAGGAGAAGCAGAUGCAGCAGCAGCAGAAGCAGAUGCAGCAGCAGCGGCAGAUGCUGCUGCUGCGAGUGGCGCUGCUGCCUCUCCAGAAGCUGCAGCCGCAGCUGGGGAAGCAGCAGCAGCAGCAGCUGCUGCUGCUGCGGAACCUGCAGCAGCAGCAACAGCACCAGCAGCAGCACAAGCAGCAGCAGCACCAGCAGCAGCAAAAGGAGGCGCUACACGAACAGCAGCAGCAGCAGCAGCAGCAACAGCAGCAGCAAAAGCUCCUGCUGCUCGCAAGUUCGCAAUGGGCGCUUGCCGUAUAGUGACGGUACCCCCUGCAGCAGCAGCAGCAGCAGCAGCAGCAGCAGCUGGUGGAGCAGCAGCAGCAGGCAGCAAAAGGAGUCCCUUGUGUCUUGCUGCGCUGCAGUCUGUCCCCGAAAGCUGCUGCUGCCUGCUGCAGCAAAAGCCUGUGGAAAGUGCACUGCAGCGGGAAGUUUUUGCUGUUUGCUGCGGCUCUUCUGCUGCUGUGCAGCUGGCAGCAGCAGAUGUGGCAGUCCUGGUUGCUGCUGCUGACGCAGCAGCAGCAGCCCCUGCAGCAGCAGCAGCAGCAGCAGCAGCAGCAGCAAGACGCGUUGAGAAGCACCCCAGCCUUCUACUUAAAGCCAUAGAAAGUGUCUCCGGCUGCAUCGCCAAGAUACACCACACUGACAAUUGCUAUAGGCUGCAGCUCAGCGGCUCUGGGGAGCAGCUGGAAAGAGGCUUGCUGCUGCUGCGGCUGUCACUGCAGCAGAAGCAUGGUCCACUGGUCUGGUCAAUUCCCCCGGGUUCUCCUCCCCGCCGCGACCUGACCGUGCUGCUGCUUCCUGCUGCUGCUGCUGCUGCUGCUGCAGUGGCAGGGGGCCCCGCCUUCAGGCGUUUAUAUUCUCAGUGGAAAAUAAUGAGCUUUCUGCUCGACCAAGACGCGCCGCUGCUGCUGCAGCUGCCGCAGCAGCAGCAGCAACAGCAGCAGCAGCAGCAGCAGCAGCAGCAGCAGCAAGCGGGCACGGCGCAAGACCCCAAGCAGUCGCCGCAGACUCAAGAACCCUUCAGGCAGAUGCUCAUAUUUGGAGAGCCGGAUGACGUGCUGCUGCUGCAGCUGCCGGGGGGCCCCCUCAGCAGCAGGGGCCCCCAAGUGGGUCGCAGCUUAAAAGAAGCAACAAAAGAAACGGGGGCCCUUUGCUUCUUAAGUUCCGACUUGCGGCGCAUGCGCGCGGACUACAGCAGCAACAUAACAAUAGCCCUUUUGGCCCACAGCUCUGAGGCCCGCCACCACGCCUAUCAAAUCCUUAUGACUCGUUUGGGGGCCCCCCUGGGGGCCCCCCUGGGGGCCCCCCCGGGGGCCCCCCUGGGGCCCCCCCUGGGGCCCCCCCUGGGGCCCCCUUCCAUGGGGGGCCCCAUGGGGCCCCUCCCCCUGGGGCCCCCUCCCCUUGGGGGGGGCCCCCCCAUGAGGGGCCCCCUGGGGGGCCCCCCGCCCCCUGUGGGGCCCCCGUUUCCGCUGCCAGGCCCCUUCUCCUCUGGGGGGCUGCAGCAGCGGCAGCAGCGGCAGCAGCAGCAAAACUUUAAAAGACAAAGAGAGACAGAAGCUCUAGGGGGGCCCCCCUUGAUGAGUCCUGAGAAGGGGCCCCCCUUUAAGAGACACCAGGGAAGGGGGGGCCCCCCGGGGGGCCCCCCAAACCCCACAGGGGGCCCCACAGCGCGCAUGCUGGGCGAGCAGCAAAGAGGGCACCUCAAAGCUGCUGCUGCUGCUGCCCGCGACGGACCCAUGAGGCCUUCGCCCCAGGGCCCGCCAGGUGCCAUGAGGGGGCCCCCUAGAGGGCCCCCAGGGGGCCCCCUUGGGGGCCCCCUGGGGGGCCCCCCUGGGGGCCCCCAAGGGGACCCUUCUGGGGGGCCCCGGCCAUUUGUGGGGCCCCCCCAUGGGCGCUCUCCUCUUUCGAGGGGCCCCCCAUUUAAUGCGCGAGGCAGCUGCUUUGAGGGGCCCCACACUGCAGCAGCAGCAGCAGCAGCAGCAGCAGCAGCGACAGCAGCAACAGCAGCAGCAACAGCAGCACAAGUUGUGGGCGGAGUCACAGUCCAUGAGGUUUAUACGUCUUCCAGCUCGCGGCCGCAGCUGCCCGACAGCCAAGUGCCUGCUGCUGCUGCUGCUGCUGCUGAGCGAGGGUUCCCACGAGCAGCAGCAGCAGCAGCAGCAGCAGCAGCAGCAGCAGGCAGGAGACCCCCACAGGGGCUGCGCCAAGGGGGCCCCCUCAGACCCUACGAGGGGGCCCCCGAGGGCCCCAGCUGGGAGCAGCAGGGGCCCUCUGGAGUGGACCAUUUUGAGAGCACUCGCAGCCAGCAACAGCUGCAGCAGCAGCAGCAGCAGCAGCAGUGGGGGCAGCAGCAGUGGCAGGACAAGCAGCAAAAGCUGUGGCCGGAGAAGCGACAGCAGCAGCAGUGGCAAGAGCAGCAGCAGCAGCAGUGGUGGCCUGACAACAGGCAGCAGCAGCAGUGGCCUGAGCAGAAGCAGCAGCAGCAGUGGCGCGGGAACAGGAAGCAGCAGCAGCAGUGGCCUCAGCAGCAGCAGCAGCAGGAGUGGGGUGACGGGCGGUGGCGGCAGCAGCAGUGGCCUGACAGGCAGCAGCAGCAGCCGCAACAGCAGCAGCAGCAGUGGCCGGAGCAGCAGCAACAGUGGCCGGAGCAGCAGCAGCAGCAGCCGCAGUGGCUUCAGCAGCAGCCGCAGGCGCAGCAGAAGCACUGGCCUGAGAGAGAGCAGCAGCAGCAACAGCAGCCGUGGCUAGAACGACAGCAGCAGCAGCAGCAGCACAACCAGCAGCUCCAGAAGCAGCAGCAGUGGCCUGAGGCCCAGCGGCAGCAGCUGUGGCCAGAGCAGCAGCAGCAGCAGUGGCCUGAGCAGCACCAGCAAGUACAGCAGCAGCAGCAGUGGCCUCAGCAGCAGCAGCAGAUGCAGCAGCAGCAGUGGCCUCAGCAGCAGCCACAGGUACAGCAGCAGCAGCAGUGGCCUCAGCAGCAGCCACAGACGCAGCAACAGCAGCAGUGGACUCAGCAGCAGCCAGCGGCGCAGCAGCAGCAGUGGCAUGAACAGCCGCAGCAGCAGCUGCAGCAGUGGCCGGGGCAGCAGCAGCCGCAGCAGUUGCAGCAAUGGCCUGAGCAGCAGCAGCAGCAGCUGCAGCAGCAGUGGCCUGAGCAGCAGCAGCAGCAGUGGUCUGACCAGAACCGACAGCAGCAACCGCAACUGUGGCAGGCGCAGCAGGAGCAGUGGCCGCAGCAGCAGCAGCAGCAGCAGCCGCAGCAGCAGCAGCAGCAGCAAGGUUACUGGCCGCAGCAGCAAGGUGUACAGACACCUCAACCCAGCAGUUUCGCCCCCAAGGCCGGACCCCCCGAGAGGCGGCGAGCAGCAGCAGAAAGGCAAAGGAACUCCCGGGGUGGAGGGCAGCAGCAGCAGCAGCAGCAGCAGCAGCAGCAGCAGCAGCAGCAGCCACGCAGGGGUUACAGACAGCAGCAGCAGCUGCUGCAGCAGCUGCGGCAGCAGCAGCAGCAGCUGCAGCAGCUGCAGCAGCAGCAGCUGCAGCUGCAGCAGCUGCAGCAGCAGCAGCUGCAGUCUUAA